AUGCAAGAAAAAUGUCGCUUAGUUGGAUUUUCAAUCAGAAUCCUCUUUCUUCUGAACACAAUUCUUCCGGGAAUCACACCAGACGAUCGGUUUCAUAUAGAAAAUGAAGAUAUUAGUAUUCCAGGUACAAUUGCGAAUCGAGGAUCAUUUGCUUACGAACACCUGAGAUAUGCAAUAGACCGAUGGAAUACAGAACAUGGAGCACAUACACAGAUCAAAUUCUCAAUUGUUUCACCAAUUCGAUAUGACAACAAUUAUGAAGAGAGGAUGUGUGAAAUCAUGCAGCAAGGUAUCGUCGCCGUUGUAUUAUCAAAUGAAGAAAAUGAACAAGAUUCUCAACUCAUCAAGUCUAUGUGCCAUUAUUUCAAUGUGAGUUCACCUACAUCAGAACCUAAUCGAAUCUUCUCAAUUUUCCAGAUUCCAUGUCUAUCGCUUCAAUCAACAUCUCUUCGUGAUUCCAUCUCUGACUUUGUAACCCUUCUCGGACCAUCGAGAGGAGCAGGAGCACGAGCAACCAGCGAAUUUCUGGAUUCUAUGAGAUGGACUGGAUUUCUUUUGGCUUAUCAACAUGGAUCAGAUUUAGAAGAUCUUUCUCCAUUGAUGCAGUAUAAACAGAUUGCGGAUACUGGAGGAAGGAGAAUUCACAUUAAAGUUCGGCGACUUCCGAAUAACACAGAUGACUAUGAACCGUUUUUGAAAUAUGUGAAAACCAGACUGAAACAAACUAACAUCAUAAUUCAUUCCAACAAUAUAACCGUUCUCUAUAAUCUUCUACAACAAGCUCGUGGGUUGAAUAUGGCAGAACCUCCAUUUUCAUACGUUUUCACGAAUACGGAUUUAUCUCUUUUGGAAGAUUUUCUAAACAAUAUGUAUGGAGCAUCGUUUCAUUGCAAUAUUACUGGACUGCAAUUGGUAAAGAAUGACCCAAUGAUGAAGACUCAAUUAGCGUUAACUUCCGAAGCGGUUUAUGUUGUAGGGAUGGCGAUUUAUAGAAUGAGAGAACUCGGUCAUGCUCCUCGUCAAUCGGCUGUGAUGUGUGAUUCUCAUGACAUUUGGUCGGAUGGUCGAAUAAUGAAUGAAGGAAUUCGAAAGUUGAAACUACGUAACCAAUUGACCGGAGACGUGCAAUUCAAAUCAAAUGGAGAACGAGACGACAUCAUGUAUCACGGCGUUGGACGCAUCAACUCACAAUUUGUGAAGCUUGGCAACUGGUCUGAAAAGCGUGGUUGGAACUUCGAUAGUCGAUAUGCAAAUCGAUGGGAAUUCGAUAUCGACCCGGAUUCAGAAGAUUUGGAAGGACUUCACCUUCGUGUUGUUGUCUAUCUAGAAGAACCGUUUGUGAUCAAGACUGGAGAAAAUAAGUACGAAGGAUUUUGCAUCGAUUUAUUGAAUGAAAUGACAAAAGUACUGAAAUUCAAUUAUACAAUCAUUGAGGUUCAAGAUGGAACUUAUGGAAUUGAGGACGAUUCUGGUAGAUGGAAUGGUAUAAUUGGAGCUCUACAAAGGCACGAAGCAGAUUUAUCUCUUUCAGCAGUGACCAUAACUUAUAGCAGAGCCGAAGUAGUUGACUUUACUCUUCCAUUUAUGCAUCUCGGGAUUUCGAUUCUAUUAGCACGAACUUCGGAAGAAACUGAUAAAGGAUCACUUUGGACAUUCCUUGAACCCCUUUCUCUGACAGUUUGGAUCAGUUUACUUCUCAGUUAUUGCAUUGUUUCAUAUUCAAUGCACAUUUUGGCAAAGUUUUCUCCUUAUGAAUGGUACAACUUGGAAAGGAUUGAUGAACGGGAUUUUGAAAACAUAAAAAAUCAAAAGAACCAAUUCACAGUUCUGAAUUCGUUCUGGUUUACGAUGGGAUCUCUUAUGCAACAAGGAUCGGAUGUGAUUCCACGAGCAGCUGCGACUCGAUUGAUUGCCGUGGUUUGGUGGAUGUUCACACAAAUUAUAAUCUCUUCAUAUACGGCUCAAUUGGCUGCGUUCUUGACUGUAGAGAGAAUGUCAACACCUAUCGAAAGUACACAAGAUUUGGCGAAUCAGCAAAAAAUAAGAUACGGAGUUCUAAAAAGCGGGUCAACUAUGGACUUCUUCCGUGAGAGUAAAAUACCAAUGUACGAGCGGAUGUGGUCAGUAAUGGAAUCAUCAUCUCCUGGAGUUUUUGUAAAUAGCUCAAGAGAAGGAAUAGCACGGGUAAAGUCGGGUGGGUACGCGUAUAUGAUGGAGAGUUCGAUGUUGGAAUAUUAUUUGGAACGAGAUUGUGAUUUACAAAGUAUCGGAGGUCUUUUGGAUUCAAAGGGAUAUGGGAUUGCUCUACCAAAAGGUUCUCCUCUUCGAGAUAUUUUAUCAAGAACUGUGUUACAAUUACAAGAACGAACUAUUUUGGAAGCAUUGAAAAAUAAAUGGUGGAGGGAUAGGAGAGAAGGCCCUUCGUGUGGUCCUCCUCCUGCUGAAAAAGCAACAAAUUCAAAACCUCAAAAUAUAUUCGGAAUAUUCUAUGUUCUUCUAACUGGUCUAAUAGUUGCAUUCCUUCUUGCAUGCGGGGAAUACUGUAUUGAGUCUCGACAUGAAGCGUUUCGGCUGAAACUGACAAUUGUUGGAAAAGUAGGUCUUCUAGAUUUGAUUUUGAAAACCAAAGAACUUUUUCAGUUCAUCGACUGGUAUCGUGGAAAUUCGAAUGAUACGAAAACUCGAAAUAAAAUGAGAAACAUGCAGUUGGACACUGCUGGACAAGAGAUCUCAAUAGGUUUGAAAAUCCUUGCAAAUUUCUCGCUUCUCCCGUACCAUCAUAUUCGAUCCAUUCAUGCCGAACCUCCGCUACCCCCAGUUCCAACUUCUCGACCUGAUCCAACUCGUCUCUCGAUUUCAUCACCAGCCCCUACCAUUUGUGUUGUUUCCUGUGAUGAUGGCACUCCGAUCAGUCGAGAUAGACCUCCAUCCAUCAGUAGGGCAGGCCUUCGAAGACUGAGUCGGAUGCUUCCAGCCACGACUCAUGAACAGUUAUCCAGAUUCCGACAAGGAUCAAUGUCAUAA